AUGCUCAUCUCCGCCGGAAUCAAAGCAGUACUCCUGCUCGCAGCAUCCGUUCCCGCGCAAGCAUGGAACAGACUGGACAAGGACAACGCAGCCCUCCUCGUCAUCGACCACCAAGUCGGCCUUGCCCAACUCGUGCGUGAUUUCAACACAAACGACUUCCGCAACAACAUCCUCGGCCAUGCUGCCCUCGGCAACGUCUUCGACCUUCCAACCGUGCUGACCAGCUCCUCGGAUGCAGGCCCGAACGGCCUCAUGCUCAAGGAAAUCACCGAAAUGCACCCCAACGCGACCUUCGUCCGUCGUCAGGGUGAGGUUAAUGCUUGGGAUAAUGCGGAAUUCCGCGCUGCGGUCAAGGCCACAGGCAAGAAGCAGUUGAUUAUCGCUGGCAUCGUUACUGAAGUUUGCACUUCCUUCCUCGCUCUCUCCCUCGUUGAUGCUGGCUACGAAGUCUUCGCCAAUACCGAUGCGAGUGGUACUUUCGACGUGAAGCUUGCUGAAGAUGCGAAUCGUCGUAUGGAGAGGGCUGGUGUUACACUCAUGGGUCUGUUCGGUAUUGUCUGUGAUCUUAUGCGCGAUUGGCGUAAGACUCCUGGUCUCAAUGAGGUUCUGCCUUUCCUUGAUAAGUACCAGUUUGCUUAUGGUCUUGUUGCCCGUCACCACGCUGGAUCUAUUCAGAAUGGUACAUUUGUUCCUAUUGAGGGGACUUUGAUUUAA